AGGAAACACAUGGUACAAAAAGAUGGAACAGAAAAAUGGCAGCUCUUUCACUGGGUUUAUCCUGCUGGGUUUCUCUGACCGGCCUCAACUGGAGAGAGUCCUCUUUGUGGUUCUUCUGAUCUUCUAUCUGCUCACCCUGCUGGGAAACACAACUAUAAUUGCAUUGUCCCGCCUGGACCCACAUCUUCACACUCCCAUGUACUUUUUCCUCUCCAGCCUGAGCUUUCUGGACCUGUGUUACACGACCAGCACUGUUCCUCAGCUCCUGGUCCAUCUCAGGGGGGCAGACAAGUCCAUCUCCUUUGGUGGCUGUGUAGCUCAGCUGUUCUUCUCUGUAGGGUUGGGAGGAACAGAAUGCAUACUCUUAGGGGUGAUGGCAUUUGACCGCUAUGCAGCUGUCUGCAGGCCCCUGCACUACAUGGUGAUCAUGCACCCUCGUCUCUGUGCCCUGAUGGCUUCUGCGUCGUGGUUCAUUGGUUUUGCCAACUCCUCAUUGCAGACAGUGCUCAUCUUCCUUGUACAACUUUGUGGCAGAAACAAAAUAGACCACUUCUUUUGUGAUGUCACCCCACUUCUGAAGCUUGCCUGUGUUGACACCACUGGGAAUGAGUCUGAGAUCUUUUUUGCCGGUGUGAUCACUCUCCUCAUUCCUGUGGCAUUAAUCACAUUCUCCUAUUUUCGGAUUGUCAGGGCAGUGUUAAGAAUAAAGUCAGCUGCAGGACAGAGGAAGGUGUUUGGGACGUGUGGGUCCCACCUCAUUGUUGUCUCCCUAUUCUACGGUACAGCCAUCUAUGCUUACCUGCAGCCCAGCAACAACCACUCCCAUGAUCACGGCAAGUUUGUUUCUCUCUUUUACACCAUUGUCACCCCCAUGGCCAAUCCCUUUAUCUAUACCCUGCGGAACAAGGACGUGAUGGGAGCAAUAAAGAAAGUUUUCUGUCGUGGCUAUGACUCCAGAUGA